UCUUGUUGACGAGUUUAUAUCAAAUAUGAAAAAAAAUUUUCGUAAAGCCCCAUACCGUAUUGCAUUGUUUAAAUCGAUAGCUCCAGAAAUUAGAUUACCACCAGAACCUAUCUUAACGCGUUGGGGGACAUGGCUUGAAGCCGCAAUUUAUUACUGUGAAAAUUUCCAAAUAAUAUAUAGCGUAAUAAAUGCCCUAGACGAAAAUGAUGCAGAUUGUAUUAAAAAAGUUAAAUUAUGCAUACUGAAACCAGGAUUGGAAAACAACUUGACUUAUAUCAAAAGUAAUUUUCAAGUUAUUACAAUGGCCAUUGUGAAAUUACAAACGAAAAACCUUCCAUUGGCUGAAUCACUUUCUGUAAUUCAAGAAGUAACAUCAAAAUUUCAAUCAUUAAAAGGAACUCAAGGAAAAGCAGUACUUUUAAAAUUACAAAAAGUUUUUGAAAAGAAUGAAGGUCUUAAAAUUCUGGAAAAAAUAUUAAACAUUUUAGAAGAAGAAGAUCAAAUUUUGGAUAUGAGUCAAUUUCCGGAAGAUUAUUCAUGCAACGACUUUGUGUUCUUUAAAUAUGCACCAACCACCUCAGUGGAUGUAGAGAGGUCAUUUUCAGCUUACAAAACUCUGUUAUCUGACAAUCGAAGAGCAUUUACAUUUGAAAAUUUGCGGAAACAUUUAAUUAUUCAAUGUAACAACAAAAUACAUAUUUUAGCGCUUAUUAUUGUGUUUUUAAGUGCUAUAAGUCCCGAACCCUGGUCAUGA